UUUGAGAGAAAGAGAGAGAGAGAUUUGAAGGUCCAUCUUCAUCUUCUUCUUCUUCUUCAAACAAACAAACAACUGUGUUCAAGAGAAUUGGCAUGUGGUUUCUCUCACGUUCAGUUUUCCAUGAGAUCUGUUUCCAUCCGAAAAAGCAAUUUCUUCACAAAAAUGGGGUUAUCCUUCACCAAACUUUUCAGUCGGCUUUUUGCCAAGAAGGAGAUGAGAAUACUAAUGGUGGGUCUCGAUGCGGCUGGUAAGACCACCAUUUUGUACAAGCUCAAGCUGGGAGAAAUCGUGACAACCAUUCCUACAAUCGGAUUCAAUGUUGAGACAGUUGAAUACAAAAACAUUAGCUUUACAGUUUGGGAUGUUGGUGGUCAAGACAAGAUCCGACCCUUAUGGAGACAUUACUUCCAAAAUACUCAAGGACUUAUUUUCGUUGUGGAUAGUAAUGACCGAGAUCGUGUAAUUGAAGCAAGGGAUGAACUUCAUAGGAUGCUGAAUGAGGACGAGCUGAGGGAUGCUGUGCUGCUUGUAUUUGCGAAUAAGCAAGAUCUUCCAAAUGCCAUGAAUGCUGCUGAGAUUACCGACAAACUUGGCCUUCACUCUCUUCGCCAACGUCAUUGGUAUAUCCAGAGCGCUUGUGCUACAUCGGGAGAAGGACUAUACGAAGGGUUGGACUGGCUUUCGAAUAACAUUGCAUCCAAGUAGUAAUCGGUCUAACAAGUGGAUCAUGUCACGAAAUAAACUCGGGUUCUUGAACUGUUGCUGUCCACAUGGAGAUGUCGUAAGUUUGAAUUUGAUUUCCGUUUAUUGUUAAGAGUACUCUCUAAUGUUGUUUUUGCUUGAUUAAUUGUCUAUGUUCUUUUUUCAUUAUGUUUUGCUAAAAAUUACCUAUGUUUCUUAGUAGUCUAACAACAUUUAUUUAUGUAAAACAUUACUUGUUUAUUUCAGCAUUCAAAACAUUUGUACCAUAGUUACUACUCAUUCAUAACUAUUUACUAA